CGGCGCUGAGGCUUGUUAAACGCAGAGUUAACGUGCUUAACGAACGAGACAGUUCAGUGUGUGACCUUGAUCGGUUCUCUGAUUCGCGGUGGCGAGAUAAUACAUUCGGAGUUUUGCGCAUUUUAUUUUUGCCAGUUGUUUUCUUGAGUUUCUGGUUUUGAGUGCAUUUUUUUUUUGAAAAUGAAGAGAUCACUCAGCUUCAUCGUCGUCGCUUCGCUGCUUGCGCUUGCGCAUGGAUUCCCUCGUGUACCACACGGCGAUUCCGACUCAUCGGAGUCUGCAAUUCCGAAUACGGACACCAUCCUGGUGCUCCCAAACAACAGAUUCCCGAUGCGUCCGAUCUUCACCGAUCUUUCAUUGCUGGACGACGACAACGCUGACGACAACGCUGAUGAGUCCCUGGGAUUCUUCGGUCGCAAUCCAUUCUCAGUUAAUCCCUUCAAGGGCUUUCUGACCGGCAUGCAAAAUGCUAUGAACAAACUCACUGAGCAGAUGGCGGGAUCUCUCAGUAGAAUCGGCGGACCGGUCUCAUGGGACAAAAUCCCGGAGGGCGCCAACACGACCUCUACUACUAAGGUGAUUGAUGGUCAUGUUGUAACGAUAAAUGAGACAACAUACAACGACAAAAGUGACGACGGCAGCUCCUUCUUCCGCUUUCGCAUUAUAGACGUGAAGCCACAGGAUGACGGAAACGUACCUGAGGACAGUGGUGAAGUGACUGAUAAGCCGUCGACUGAUAAUAAACCAACCGAGUCAACCAAGGAGGCAACAACACCAGCGAGAAGUGUCGAGACCGUUGAGGAUACUGGCAACAAUGAAAUACCAGACACUCAAGUUGACACACUCAAAGCCUGAAAUCAUUCCGCAAUAUCUCUGUCGUAUUUUUACUUCUUAAUUUUUAACUGGAGAUAAUUCAAUAUUGUUUAUGAGGUCAUUCAGUGAAACGUUAUGAGUUUGUUAAUGCGUAAUCAAAAAAAAUUUAAUUACACUCAUUACAUUUCACAAACCAAAUUCAUAUGAUUGUUUUAUUACUGUUGAAGGCUAUUAUUCUAUUAUAUUCGUUUCCAUACUUUAUUCUUAAUCGAUUAAGCGUAACUUUGAUCGAUUAGAAAUGAUAUUAAUUACCGAUAAUUGCGUCGUUUACUUUUAAUUUUCAAUUGAACUACUGGAGAAUUUUUCGCGUUGUGAAUCUAUAUCUGAUUAUGUGUUUGUUUAGUAUUUUAGGGAGAGUGAUGUUUUUUAUUUAAAUGGCCAUUGUGAUAAGAUGUUAAUAAAAGUGUGAGAUAUUUAAAUCA